UUUUUUGUUAGACAUCAGUCAAAUAAUUGUUCUCGAGUUUCUGCUUAAUUUUUUCGAAUUUCAGGGUUAUAUUUUGUUUAUUUUUACAUUUUAUUAUCUGUAUUAUAUUUUGUGGCUACUUAAUGGGUGUAGAAAGACGUUUCUUUUAUGAAAUUACCGGUGAAAGAGCUCGUGAACUUUUAUUUCUAUAUGGAUCUAAUGGAUUUAUUGUUCGUCCAAGUGAGUCAAGCGCUUCUGAUUAUACCUUGUCUAUCCAUCGAGGAACACGAGUAACUCACGUCAAAAUCGUGCACAAUCCUCUUUCCAAAACUCUUCGUUUACCCUCUGGACAUGACUUUCAUUCAGUUGAAGCGGUUGUACAAUUUUUGGAAAGUAAUCCUAAAGUGUUGACAGAAGCUGAUGGUUUGAGUAUUGAAUUGACUAAACCUGCACAGUUACCUAUUGCGGAAACUGUUGUGAAUGUUGGAAGUGAUCGCUUUUUUCAUAUUGCUACAAGUGGACAUGAGGCAGAAGCAUUAUUAAAAGACGAACCUUGUGGAACUUAUCUUGUUAGGGAAAGCUGCAGCAAUGAAGGCGAAUUUGCUCUAUCCGUUCGUAGCAAUACCGACAAAGUUGUCCAUGUCCGCAUAUCUCAUAAGAAUGGGAGAUUUUGUAUUGUACCCAAAGACAAUUUCCGAACAUUGGCGGGACUUGUAGAAAAUUAUAUUCGACUGCCGAUGGUUCAGAAUGGCGGCAGUGCUGUAAAACUCAAAACUCCCCUCCCCUCUACCAGAUUUACUGCUGCCACAAUUGAUGAUCGUAUAGAUUGUUUAUUGAAACCGUCAAAGAAGCAUGGGGCUAAAGAUGAAUUUGCUGAAGAAUUUGAGAACCUCCACCGUCAUGAGGAAGAUUCUCAACUCUUUAUUAGCUGCAAAGAAGGUAGAAAGGCAGAAAAUGUUCGCAAAAAUCGUUAUCGAAAUGUUGUUCCGUUUGAUCACACACGUAUAAGACUACAACGUUCACCUUCUUCAAAUAAUGGAUGUGCUGGUGGAGGAGGAGGGAAACUUUUAGUAAAUAAUGAUUAUAUAAAUGCAAAUUAUGUUGAGAUUCCUUUGGACACAAAACGAUAUCCUGAAUUUGCUGACUUUAAACGACGUUAUAUUUCAACUCAGGUAAAAUGUUAUCGUUAUUGGCCUGAUUUGGACGAAGAAUUUAUUUAUGGGAAUUUAAUUGUUAAAACUAUUGAGGAAACUAAAAGUGAUGAUUAUAUGCGUAGAGUAUUUGUUUUGAAAAGAAAAAAAGAUGAGAAUAAGGCAAAUGAAGCAAAAACUGCUGCCUCUUCAACCGCGUCCUGUAAAGAAGAACAAGAAGAAAUUUGUCAAAAAGACGAUAAGGAAGAACAAAAAUUAAUUUAUCAUUUCCAAAUACUUAGUUGGGAAGAUAAUGAUGCUUGUCCUGUUGAAUCUGUUCUAAAUUUUUUGGAUGCGGUUAAUGAAUGUGAAAAGAAUGAAAUUGGAGGAGUCAUGAAUAAAAUGAAUAAAAAGUCAAAAAUUGGCCCAACAAUUGUGCAUUGCAGUGCUGGAAUUGGUAGAACAGGAACUUUUUUGGCGUUGGACAUUAUAAUUAAUAGAAUUAAACAAAAAGUUAAAAUGCUUCGUGAACAGCGGGCGACAAUGGUACAAACAGAAGCUCAAUAUCGGUUUAUUUUUCAUGUAAUCUCUGCUUUUAUGCGUGGAUAUAGAAGCCAAUUUCAAUUGACGUACAAAAAGACCAAUAGCGUUGAAGGACCUCAUCGACCCUAAUUUGACUUUUAAAAAAAUUCCCAAACUGAAAAACAUUCCAAAAUUAAUUU